GCCCUGCCUGCACCCGCAGGCGGCAGGCAGCGCAGCCCGCUGUAGCCCCAGCCAUGCCGGGCCCUGUAGCCCUGCACGUGUCCCGUGUGCGGGCUCUGUACCGGCGGAUCCUGCUGCUGCACCGGGCGCUGCCCGUGGAGCUGAAGGCGCUGGGCGAUGCGUACGUGAAGGAGGAGUUCCGGAGGCACCGGUCGGUUGGGCCUGCUGAUGCCCAGCGCUUCCUGCGGGAAUGGGAGAUUUAUGCAGAAAUGCUGUGGCAGCAAGCUAACGAAGACAGACAAAACUCAAGAAAAAAGACUUGCUUUGGAACCCCCCUCACAGAGGAGAAACUUAAUGACUUCCAUAAUGAACAGAUUGGACAGCUGCAGGAAUUGAUGCAAGAAGCCACUAAACCUAAUAAGCAAUUUAAUAUUUCUGAUGAUUCUGAAUACAAGAACUAGAUUUUUAAAUGCACUUAAAAGCAUUUUAUAGCGCUUCCUUUUUCAAUUUGAGUAGAACAUUAUUAUGAAGAAUAAUGAAAGCUGAUGAUGUGGUAAAUUUUGUGUGUUUUAACCUGAUGUAUCUGUUUCCUUAUGCAAUGAUGUUAGAAUUACUUUAUGGUCCCAGGUUAUGUAAAUUAUAACAAACAUUUGCAUUUUGUGGAACUUAGAAAAUGUGCUUUAUUUUAAGAAUUUGGUAAUUGUCAUGUUUUCAAAAUGGGAAGUUUUAUGCUAGAAUUGGAUUUAAGCACCUGGUAGGUCUUGAUUUCAAGCCAAGUCAUUAUUUGUAUAUCAUCCACUUCUUCCUCUAAUAAUGGAAAGGAUGCAAUCAACAGUAAUUUUCUGAUGGGGAUUCAGCAACUACAGUACAAAGAAGGAAUGUGUGCUACUGAUUUGGGUUUAUUGCAUUGCAAAGAAGUAAACCAUGCUUACAAGGAUGUGUCAUUCUUUCAUUUGAAUGCUGGUUUUCUUCAUAAGUUUUAUUGUGGAAUUUUCCUUUAAACAAAAUACAUUUUUUAUUCCAAAAUUCACCCUGCUUGAGACCAGUCUUAUGAGCAAAAUAAUGUUUUUCAGUUAGAUCCCUAGAAUCUAUCUAAGUAGGAUUCCCUUCCUUAUCCCUGAAAUCCUGCUAUUUUACAGAUAAAUUGUCUUAUUAAUUCAGCAAUAAAAUAAUUCUUUAGUA